CUUUCAUCAUUUCCCAAGUCCCCAGAUCCAAAUUACAGAAGAUUCUCAACUCCCAAAAUUUUCAUAUUAAAUUGAACAAAGAAAACUCUAAAUACGAAAUCGAGCUACAUCCCAAUCACCGAAACUUAAAUUCGAGAAAGUUCUCUUGUUGACUUUGUUUGAUUGAUCUGUGGGGUUUGUAUUUGGGGAUUGCACUUCCAAGCACUCAUAUUGAUCUCUGAGAUUCUGAGAAAUUAGCUUUUUGUGUGUUUUUUUUUUUUGUUUUUUUAUCCAAAUUAGUUUCCGUUAGUGUUUGUGUGUGUUGAAUGAACGAUCCAUCUAAGCUCAUGAAUCCUCCACCUCAGCUUCCGCAUCCGCAAAGGAUGAACCCGGUUAUGAUGAACCAGAAUCCCUUGCUGAACCAGUCUCAAGGCUUAAACCAUCCAAUUAUCGGUAUGAUGAACCAGCAGCCACCGGUUAUGAUGAACAACAACCAGCCUCUGAUGAUGAAUCCCCGGAGCUUCAACCCUAACCCUAGCGAGUACCGUAACAACUUCUCCUCGAAAACGAACCGCAACAACAGCAAUUGGAAAGGAAAGAAGAUGAGGGAUCCAAUCAGAAGGACCUACAAUCCUCAGAUCGGAGGCGGUUACAAGCCACCACCGCUCAACGAGCUGCAGACUCAAAACCGGCUAAAAACUAAAAAGUUUUACCCCAAGAAGAAGUACGGUAACAACAACAACAACAACAACCGUUACGUCCCUUACGCUCCGAGGAACACGACGUCGUUUAUCAUCCGCGCCAAGAAAUCCGCCGGAAUCGCGGAUCUGGUGUCUCCGUGCCCCGUGACGCCGGCAGUACUCCCCACGCCGAUGUUUUCUCCGUCUAGGGAGGUGUUGGGAGAUAUGGCGAAGGAGGAGUGGGGCGUUGACGGUUACGGCUCCAUGAAGGGGCUGAUUAGGCUGCGACCUGAUGGGAAUGACGAUGAUGAUGAUGAAGGUGGAUCGAGUGAGAGUGAUGUGGAGGAGCAUGUUGAAGUUGAGAGGAGAUUGGACCAUGAUCUGAGCCGGUUUGAGAUGAUUUAUCCGAGCUGCGGCGGGUCUGAUUACAACAAUGUGUUGGAGAAUCGAGUUGAUGAUCAGGAUAGUCAUAUUGCGCAGCUGGAGGAAGAGAACUUGACUUUGAAGGAGAGGCUGUUCUUGAUGGAAAGGGAGUUGGGGGAUUUGAGGAGGAGGUUGCAGUUUCUUGAGACGAGGAGCGUUGUUGGUAAUGAGGAAGUUGUUGAGAAUGAGUCUGGGAGUGAUGAGGGUGAUGACACUGGGGGUUCUGACGCGCGUACUAGUGGUGACACCAAGGAGAAUCAUGUAGGUGGAGAAGAUGUUUGUAUGCAGGAAGUUGCGGCUAGGGAUGAGUCUGCGGUGAAAGAAGUUGAAGGUAAGGAACAGGGUGAGAAGGUUGUUAGGGAAGUUUCAGGUGGACAGUGUGAGGAAGCUGAUCGGGUUAUGGUUGGUAUGGAUCAGAGUAAGGAAAAUGAAGUGGGAACUGCGAAGGUUGAAGAUGCAUGUGAGAAUGAUUCUGUUGGAGAACAAGGAAUAGCCAUAUGAUAUGGUACUUGGAUCGAAGAGGGAAGGGAACCUAUGAUUGUAGGUGGUGUGAGUCUCUUAUAUGCACAGGCGUUAUUGAUAGAUUGUAUAUGUCAAAAUGUGCUUGUCUUUAUUAGGCUUUAGUCUAGUACUCUUAUCGGUUUUGGUAUCAGAGUCAGGAAUUAGGAGAGUCGCUUUCCUCCGGUGAAGAUCGUAUGAAGUCAUGAUAAGCUUUCUUCUGCUGGUUCAGGUCGUGUUUUCCUUACUUCUUUGACCUGGUUGGUUCAUCUUGUUGAUGAUAAGUUCCGUGGUUAAUAAGAUUGUAGUAAAAGCAAAGUUCAUUGUAGUGAAAAAAACUUAUGGAUGAUAGAGUUUUAAGAUCAUGUUUA